GGGAGGGAGAAAAGAGAGAGCGGGAGAGGGAGAGAGAGCGUACGGAAGGGUAUAUUGACUCAGAGCUGGUCUGCAUGCUCCACAGAGUGUGAGAGACAGAGGAUGUGAAAGCAGGCAAGAUGGAGCACUGGCACAGAUGAAGACUGUCCCUGGUCCCGCUUGACAGUCCAGAUGAGUCUCUCAAAGCCCCCGCCCCCACCCUCCACCUCCCACCUGGCUAUCCCCCCCGCCUCCACGCCCAGCCCUUCCUCGUCCGCCACCUCCCCCUCGUCUACGCCCCACUCGGCAGCUCCUCCUCCGCCCUCGCCCGUCAAGAUCUCUAUGCAGGAGCAUUUUGCCAUCAAUGUGUGCCCGGGGCCCAUCCUCCCCAUCCCACAGAUCUCAGACUUCUUUCCCCGUUUUCACGACUACCCCUGCACUCCGCCGCCGCCCAGGGAGAAGAAGAUCCUGAAGGAGGAGACAUUCAACGGAGAGACGGGUGGAGGGUUCAAGGAUGGAGAGAGGAGAGGGGAGAACGACGGAGACAGGGAGGAGGUGUUCGACUCGGAUGACGAUGACACGUACCUGGGAACGCUGGAGUUCAGCCUGCUCUUUGAUCAAGAGAACAACUGCCUUCACUGCACCAUCCACAAGGCAAAGGGUCUGAAAGCAAUGGACUCCAACGGGCUGGCAGAUCCAUACGUCAAGCUCCAUCUUCUCCCAGGAGCCAGCAAGGCAAACAAGCUACGCACAAAAACUCUGAAAAACACCCUGAACCCAGUGUGGAAUGAAACGCUGGUGUAUCAUGGGAUCACAGGAGCUGACAUGACCACCAAAACGCUCAGGCUGUGUGUGUGCGACAUGGACAGACUUGGACGAAAUGAGUUCAUUGGGGAGGUGAGAGUGGCUCUGAAGAAACUGAAAGAGGGUGAGAACAAACGCUAUAAUAUGGGCCUGGAGAGAAUCGCACAGAAUAAGGAAACUAACAAUCAGUUGGUGGAGCAGGGAGCAGUCGUGGCAGAGGAAGAGCGCGGACGCAUCCUGGUGUCGUUGUGCUACAACACAGAGAAGGGCUGCCUGCUGGUUGGGAUCAUACGCUGUGCCCAUCUGGCCGCCAUGGACUCCAACGGCUACUCUGACCCAUUUGUCAAAAUCAUCUUGCAGCCAGACAUGGGGAAAAAGUCCAAGUACAAGACAUCAGUGAAGAAAAAGACUCUCAAUCCUGAAUUUAAUGAGGAAUUUUCAUAUGAAGUAACCUUGGACCAGCUGGCAAAGAAAACCCUGGAGAUCUCCGUGUGGGACUAUGACUUGGGAAUGAGUAACGACUUCAUAGGCGGAGUGGAGCUGGGCAUCAAUGCAAGCGGACAGAGACUUAGACACUGGUUCGAGUGUCUCAAAAACAAAGGGAAGAAAGUUGAAUACUGGCACACGCUCACGCAGCAAGGUGCCCCAAGCAGCGACAAGCCGGACUAGAUUACCCAAGACAUUCUCGCAGACAAAGGCACACCCACAAGCACAGAUGCGUUUGUCUCACUUGAACAACGGUUGACAAGAGUCCAACAGCAGCAGCAGCAGCAGCGACCUGAACAAAGAAUAAAAGAUGCAAUAAUAAUCUCAUCACAAAUCUAAAUUGUCAUGUGUUGCCGCUAAUUGAGGCACGACGUAUUAGAAUAUACUCAUACUAAUCUCAGUGAUGGUGACAAGGUGUAACAUGAAUCUAUUUAUUUUUCAAGGUAAACUAAAUUGUGACGAUGUCCUCAUCGAAGUGUCGCCAUGCCAAAACAUUACGCUGAAAGUUGUGCGUAGACCUCACCUCAUUGUGGAAGUCGAACAUUUCCAUCCAAAUUUACACUGAACAGACACAUCCGAGGCUCAUUCGGUUAAAGUGCCCAGCUAUUUGUACACCCUUGUGACUUCUAAUGUGGUACAUAGUGACAGGAGUUUCAGGAUGUUGUUGAAACGUCUCCAACUUAAAGUAGUCGUCGCGAUCUGAUGCAAAAUAAGACACCGUAUUAUUAUACUGUAAAGCACAAAGAUGAUCCAUUCGGUGGAUUCGUACCUUUACCUUUUCUGUGUUAUGUCUUUUCGUUAUUUGUCUGUGGCAGUGGUGGUCUAUCACCUAUGUGUCAGGCAGUAAUGUGUCAGCAUUAUAUGUGUGUGUGUUUGCGUGUGUGUGUGCGUGUAUGUAUGCGUGUGUGUGUGUUUGCGUGUGUGUGUGCGUGUAUGUAUGCGUGUGUGUGUGGGAGUUUUGACAAUACGAGUGCCUACAUUUUCUGUAUGUGCAACAUGUGUCUGUCUGUAUUCUCCUCACGCCCCAUUCAAAAUGUUUCUAUUCGACUUCAGGUGCACCGAGGUGUGAAGAAAUACUGACGAAAAGGCAAAAACGGUUUAUUCAGCGGAGAAAUUAUCUGUAACCACCUCAGGCCACAGCGUUGUGGCUGCAGGAUAGUGACAAAAAACUGUCAGCGGCGUGAGCCUGAGAAAGAAAACACGAAAUCUUUUUUUCUUUUUUUUUUUGUCUUCCCACUUUUGUUAAUGAGAAGCAGACAUCUCAUUUUGCUUUUGGAUGUGUUGCUUGCUACAGAAGUACUGAAGCAAAUUUCAGCCAGAUUCAAGAUAAUUCACCGUAUUGCAGUGACUCUGGUUCUGCUCUAACAAAACACAAUGGUGACGCAACAUUUUCUUUAAGCGGGGAAAUGUUACCAUUUUUCAUUGAUAAAAACAGUUAUCAGACUGUGCUGUUUGGUUUCUUUUGACCAAACCCAAAAAUAUCUUUUAAUCCACUGCUGCAUGCUUUCCUGCUAUAGACAUUUGCCUGAAUCUUUGAAUCCUAGAUGCAUUGAUCCUGUGGGUAAGAUCGAUAGUGAUAUCCUUGUCUGUCAAACUUCGUUAUUUACUGAGCAUCUCUGUGCAGUUUACAGGCUAACAGAACAAAGUUCCCUCUUAUGAUUUAACCUCAAUUACAAAUGGGUCAGGUAUUGCUAUCAAUCAACCUUUUAAAUGCUUUAUAAACACAAAGUUUUUCCGUGAUACCACUUCCAAGGUUUAAAAUCUACUCAGCUGGCUUACAGAAGGCUGCUGGUACAAAAAGUCCAGUUCAGCUGGAGAUACAGCAUGUCAGGUCAAGGUGGCACUGCUGAAAAUACAGCUAGCAAGCUAUUAGCUGAUUAGCUAGAGUUUUAAAAACUUGUUUUCCAACGAUACAAUUCUAUUUUUUUUUUAAUCUUUGCAUCACAGCUUUUAUAUAGUGAAAUUGUGGAAAUUGUGGCACUCAAUCUGUAUUACUGUCAACAAACUUAGACCUUGUCACACUAACCUGUGUAUUUAGCAAAAACUUAACAUAUUUUUUUUCAAAAGAACAGAGAUUUUUGUCAAAGACUAAUUUUUAGAAACACUUUAAAAAAAAAAACUAUGCUUUGAGGACAUAAGAAAGACAUUUUCAUCCUGGCGCAUAACUAAACAGAAGCUACAAUUGUUCUUGGAGAAUCUUUUACCCUUACACUGAUUUAGUAAUCCUCAGGAUCCUUUUUUUUAAAUUUAUAUUUCAAUAAUGUCUGCAUUAUUUGAACUUGCUGAUGUGGCACAUGUAAUACAACACUUUUUAAUUAGAAUGACAUAUCAAUUUUUUCUUAUUUAUUACAAAAUAACCAGAGCGGUGUUGCUGAAGCCUCACAUCCAGAUUUCUGACAAGCUGCAAAGCUUUUCACACGACCAUCUCUACACGCAUGGUCUAUGGCUGUCUAAAAAUAAAUCUACAUUUUGUUUCUGUACACAAUUGUCCCUUGAUUGUCUUAAUACUGACCAGGAUAUCGAAUGCCCACCUUCACUUCUGUCAUGUAAUCUUUGGUCAUACAAAAGAACACAGUCGGUCGGUCGCCUCGGGAAGAUUGCUAACUGAUAAUCGAUCCAGCUGCUCAUAUCCUGUCAUGUCUUUCAACAACCUUGGGAUCCUUCAGUGUUUUUGUUGUGUUCAACCUUAAAAAAAAAAAAAAGGGCUUGGGUAUUAUGAAGAUUUAGGAGGCUUAACCAAAUAUUCAAUUACGUCUUUUAAUAACUUUAGGAACUGGAUUAGGCAAAUCUGGGCGGGUUUGUUGUGUAUUUUCUCUAUGCACAUUUAACGUCUCGGCACGUCAGCAGUGAGAUAAUCAACCCAAACAGUAAGCUCAUGUUAUUUCUGGAAAUACUCUGCACUUUGUUUACUCUGAGGCUGGAUAAUGGAGAUCAAAUGGAGUUCACGUUUCUGGCCGGAUUGUUGCUUAUUUUUGUGCAUCUCUGGCUCUGUUGUUUACAGUCGCAGUAUUUUCAGGCUCUUGUCUAUUGACCCCUGCUUUGCUUGCGUAAUCAUUUAUCUGCAAUACAGCUGCAUGUUUAGCAAUUGCCAUCAGCUUGCAUAAUAGAGUGCGACUCUGACUGAUCUCUCUGAAUACUGAUGUGUUUACAGUCUGUGCCAUCCAUGCGGUGUGUGUGUGUGUUUGUUUGUGAAUAAAAUUAUUCAGGGUAAUUUUUGCUCAGUUGCUGUACUCAACAAAGCGAGCUUUUGCUUUUAAGAAAUCCUUUACUGUCACAGACUUUAACACUUGUCUUCCUUGAAUUGAAAACAGUGGCGAUUAUGCAGGAGGGCUGACGCGGGAAUGCGAUGUGGAGUCCCUGUGUAUUUAUUGUCAUUGUCAAUCCCACAGUAUGGCUGCCAUCCUGUGUUGGUUUUGUGUAACUACUUCGCAAAAUAAACUGAAACUGUUUCAGUGG